AUACCAAAUCGCACGAGGAAGUAAGAGCUGAAAGGGGAGAAGAGAAGCAGAACUACAGCACCGGGGGAUUUAAAUCGACUGUUUCUUCCUUUCUUUCUUUCUUUCUGUUGUUGUUGUUGCGAAGGAGGAAAAGGAAGGGAAAAAAAGAGGAGGCACGCGGAAAAAACAAGGAGAAAUUCAUGUAGCUCUUUUAUCUUUAGCGACAUUUCUUAUUUUUUUUUUUUUUUUUUUUUUUUUUUUCUCCUUUUUGUAUUGGAUCGCAGGAUGAGCAAAGACAGACCGAAGAGGAACAUCAUCCACAAGAGAAGAGAUGACGACAGCGAUGGGAUCCCCUGGUCGGAAGAGCGAGUGGUUCGGAAGGUCCUCUAUCUCUCGCUGAAGGAGUUUAAGAGCGCGCAGAAACGCCAGCUCUGUGACGGCCUCCGCGAUGGAGCCAAAAGCCCAAACGGUUCUCUGUCUAGUGUCCAGCUCAAUGGUUCUGGCUCUAAAGGAGGACACAAAGAGGACGACUCUCGCUCUCAGAGCACGGACGGAGGAAGCGAAUGCUGGGAGGAUGGACCGGCCAAAAAGAGACCCAGACUUCAGGCCCAGAGGAAGUUUGCUCAGUCUCAGCCUAACUCCCCCAGCAGCACUCCGGUGAAGACGGCCGACCCGUCACUGCCCACACCAGCUACGCAGAUCACCGAUCUCUCCAGACGCAAGCCCAAGACCGAAGACUUCCUCACUUUUCUCUGCCUCAGAGGCUCCCCGGCUUUACCCAGCAACAUGUCCUACUUUGGCGGCUCUCAGGAUGAGGACGAGCUGGAGGACGAUGAGGAAUACGAGGAGGAGAAGCCGCCGAGCGUGGCGUCCACAUCGUGCCAGUCCACACCACGGAAAGGCAAACCGCCCGGCAGACUCAGCGAACAGGUGUUUAAUGGCAACACUAAGCUGAUGAAGGAGAGGGAGAGCUCGCUGAGGCCGAAAGUCAGAGAGUCAUCGGUGGGGAAGGAGCGCACAGAGAAGGUGGAGGACUGGAGAGACGUCCAACAAUCUACCACAACCAGAACUCACACUUUCAAUGGAAUUGGCAUUAAAGGAACGACAGAGGAACUACGCAAGCAGGUCUCUAAAGUGAACGGCUUUUCGCAGCCAUCUCCUGCAACCUUGGCCACUGCCAAAAAAUCGAAAGACUGCCGCCUACCCUCCAGAACUAUGAAGUACAGGGCCACCGUGACCAAAGGCCACGUCACCUACACCAAAGCAAAAGAAGAACUGGUAAAGAAAGCCAAACUGAACCACAGCAAACAUGCUGCUUCUGCUGUUGGUAAUCAGCAUCCAGCCAGCAACGGGCAUGUUGCCCAGCCCCCUCACUCAGGGAAAGCCCCAAGUGGCAAUGCAAAAACCCGCAAACAGGUGCUGUUAUCAAAUGGGCUGCACAGCGCAGCCAAUGGGGGUGCCGCUGGUCGCGUCAACGGAAGGAUCAAUGGUCUCCAUAGUUCUAAGGAGUUGGAGGACGAUGGCAGGCAGGGGCGACAUGGUCUGCGCAAUUCCAAACGCAGGAUGGAUACAGGACCAGAGGUUAUGGAGCCUAAGUCCAAGGUCUUGUUCUCAGAGGCUAAAAAGCCUAAACUGGCGUCAUUUCCUGUAGUGGAGACGCGCAGCAAGAAGGUGCUAAACCAGGACAAGGCCUCAGCUGCCCUUGCUAAUGGGCACAGCAUCACAGAAACUGCUGCCUCACCCACACCAAAAACAGGUCCCACCCCUGCCCCAGCCUCACCAGCUGCACCAGGCUCCGCCCACCAGAGCCCAGCCAACCCGGAGCCAGCAAGGCAACGGCCUAAGCGUGCCUCAGCCGGGAGACUAAUGUUCAUCCACAGAGCACAGCAGAGGGCCAAGAGCUGGCACGCUAACUCUAAUGCUAACACUACCUCAACCAGCAGGCUCUUAAGAGGGUCAGAGCCUCAGACCACACCUCAGCGGGUGGAGCGGGAGCGCGAGAGGGAAAAGGAAAGAGAAAAGGAGCGGGAGAGAAGCCGGGCAGGCCUGGCAGCACUGCCCGAGGUUCCUGUAUUUAGGCCCAACACAAGGGAGUUUCAGGAUCCACUUGUGUACCUGGACACAGUGCGAGAAUGUGCAGAAGCGAGUGGGCUGUGCAGAGUGGUCCCACCUCCUGACUGGCGUCCAGAGUGCAAGCUAAACGAUGAGAUGCGAUUCGUCACGCAGGGGCAACAGGUGCACAAGCUUGGUCGUCGCUGGGGCCCCAACGUCCAGAAACUUGCCUGCAUCAAGAAGCACCUCAAAUCUCAGGGCAUCAGCAUGGACGAGCCACCAGUCAUCGGAGGCUGUGAGGUGGACCUGGCACGCUUCUCUGAGCUGGUCAGUGACAUGGGUGGCAUGCAGCGGGUGAUGGAUCUGAAGAAGUGGAGCCGUUUGGCGGAUCUGCUCCGAAUCCCGAGGUCUGCUCAGGAACGGCUGGCUAAGCUCCAGGAAGCCUACCUGCAGUUCCUGCUCUCCUACGACCAGCUUUCUCUGCACGAGCAACGCCGCCUCGAGCACGACGUGCUGGCCGAGAAGGAGAUGCUGGAGCGCCGCCGGGGGCCCCUGGAGGGUCACUCGGAGAGCGGGAAUGGCCAAGCCCUGGCACUGCCACGCUACGAGCCCAAAAAUGGGCUCCACGGACCAGGCAAGGAGCCGGAGACACCACGGAACCCUGGACGCCGCAGACUCUUCACUCAUGAGAAGAAAAAAGAGUGUCAUGUGGGAGAGGAAGGAAAUGAAGGGGUUCUCAGCGACCAGCACAAGUGUAUAUAUAAGGGGAGAUCGGUGUCUUUGACCACUUUCUACAGAAUAGCCAGGAACACGAUGAUCAUGUGCUUUAAUAAGGAACCCAGAGCAUCAGAAGUCGAGCAAGAGUACUGGAGAAUAGUGGAGCAGAGGGACUGCCACGUAUCGGUGCAUUAUGGGAGAGUGGACACGAGCACACACGGAAGCGGCUUUCCUGUGGGCAAGUCAGAGCCUUUUUCAAAACACGGAUGGAACCUCACUGUCCUCCCUCACAACUCCGGCUCCAUCCUGCGUCACCUCGGUGCCGUGCCCGGCGUGACUGUUCCCUGGCUAAACAUUGGCAUGGUCUUUUCUACCUCAUGCUGGUCACGAGACCAAAACCGCCUUCCAUACAUCGAUUAUUUACACACUGGUGCUGACUGUAUUUGGUAUUCAAUUCCUGCUGAGGAGAAGGCUAAGCUUGAUAAAGUAGUGCACACGCUGCUGCAGGCUAACGGCACACCGGGACUCGAGAUGCUGGAGAAGAACGUAAUGAUCUCCCCUGAGGUUCUGAGUCGUGAGGGGAUUAAAGUUCACCGCACGGUGCAGCAGAGCGGACAGUUUGUGGUGGUUUUUCCCGGCACGUUUGUUUCCAGGGUGUGUUGUGGUUACAGUGUGUCAGAGACGGUGCACUUCGCCACGCCGCAGUGGAUGAACCAGGGCUACGAGGCUGCCAAGGAUCUGAAAUGCAGACACAUCGCUAAACCCUUCUCCAUGGAGAAGCUGCUCUACCAGAUCGCCACGGCCGAGGCCAAGCGAGAGAACGCACUUCUGCUCAGUACAAUCUCCUCUCUUCUCAAAGAUCUCAGGAACAUAGAGAUAAGGCAGAGGAAGGAGCUCUACGAAGCCGGUCUGCUCUCCUCUGCUCGCUACGGCGCUCACGAUAACGGCCAUGCAGACAACAGGAAGAAACCACGCAAGUGGCCGGUGCUCGAGUCGUCCGAGAGACGGUGCCAAAUGUGCCAGCACCUCUGUUACCUGUCUAUGGUGGUGCAGGAGAGCGAGAACGUGGUGUUUUGUCUGGAGUGUGCGCUGCGCCAUGUGGAGAAACAUAAAUCCUGCCGUGGACUGAAGCUGAUGUACCGCUAUGACGAGGAGCAGAUCAACAGUUUGGUGAACCUGGUGUGCUGUAAAGCCACGAGCAGCUCAGCAGAAAGCUGUAACGGUUCCAGUCCCAGCAAAACCCCGAGCAAACGCCGCCCGGGAAAAAACACCACGGUCGCCAUCUCAUGAGAGAGAAAGAGAGAGAGAGAGGGAGAAGAAGAAAGAGAUGGAGACCUCCUUCUCUAAGCUCCUGAGUUCUGCCUUUAACCAAUCACACCCCUCUCUCUCUCUCUCUCUCUCUCUCUCUCUCUCUCUCUCUCUCUCUCUCAGACACAGAUCUUCUGCCUCCUACAUUACGGCGAAACUUGCCAUGUGCGAGCGAGCUGCCUUUUUUGCACUAGAGCGAAAGAAGGUUUUUUUUUUUUUCUUUUGAGUUGUUUUUCUCUUAGUUAGCAUUAAGCGGCGUGCUCCCUGGUCUGAUUAAGCGAGCGAACGAGACAGACGGACAGACAGACACACACACGUCAUCCUCUUGACCCCUCCCCCCCUCCUCGGCCCUGUCGACUGCAUACACACUCAGCCUGAACUGUGAAUCGAGACACGUCGGUGCUCUUCUUUUUAAUUGCUUAGAAUUUUUUUGUGUCAAGAUUCCAGAGACUCGUCUGGCCGUACGCUCGGCCCGGACCGCUUUGUUUUUUUAUUUCUUCCCCAUUUUUUAAAAAAAACAAAAAAAAAACGAACAAGUUUGACCUCAGAGUUAGUUGCGAGGCGAGGUAACACUUGAAAGCGAGACGGUUUUAUUCGGACGGGUGGAGACGUGACGAGCUCCUGCGCUGACACUAGCAACUCCUUAACUGUGCCUGAUCUUCAGAUCUUCAGCCGAGGAGCUCGUUCUGAUUCUUUGGUGCUGUUUUAGUUUCUUUUUAUUUUAUUAAUUGUUUUUUAUUUUUUUUUUUACAUCAACACAACAAAAGUAAAUGAAAAGGAGUGCUAUCUGCUUUCAGAGGCUUUCCGCUUCGACAUGUGCAAUCGUGUUAACAUUCCACACUUCUCAACUCAUCUGUACCAGUUAACAUUAAAUAUUAUUGUUCUUCUUAUUAUUAUUAUUCUAAUUAUUAUUAUUAUUAUUUUUAUUAUUAUUAUUAUUUGUGAUUUUUUGGACUUUUUUUUUGUCCCAUUUCAUUUUGGAUGAUCUCAGUAGAGCCACUAGAUAGAGGGUGCAUAAUGUGAAAUAGUUUGUUCUGUUGUUUUUUGUUUGUUUUGUUUUUUUUUCCCUCUAAUUUUUCUCAUGACUGAUUUCUCAAAGGAUCCCAUUGAGGACUUUUUUGUUGUUGUUUUGUUUUGUACAUAAUCCUGUAAAUGUGUUUAAAAUACUUGAGCCUCUGCGUGGAGGUGCCAGAAAGAGGAACCAAGAUGAAAAGCACGUCAUGAAGAAACAGCCUUACCUUUCCGUUUCUUCAUCUGGUCUGUGUGCCUGUGUGUGUGUGCCUGUGUGUGUGUGCCUGUCUGUGUGAGGUGUGUGUGUCGUGUGUGUGUCGUGUGUGUGAGAUGUGUGUGUGCCUGUGUGUCUGUGUCUGUGUGUGUGUGUCUGUGUGUGUGUCUGUGUGAGGUGUGUGUGUGUGUGAGAUGUGUGUGUGUGUGUGAGAUGUAUGUGUGUGUGAGAUGUAUGUGUGUGUGUCUGUGUGUAAGAUGUAUGUGUAUGUGUGUGAUGUGUGUCUGUGUGUGUUGUGAGAUGUAUGUGUAUAUGUGUGUGAUGUGGUAUGUGUGUGUAUAUGUGUGUGUGUGUGAUGUGUACAGGGUUCCUCUGGCAUCUUAGAGAAAAUCUGAAGUGCUGCUUAAUAUCACUGAUAAUAAGAUAUGGAGUAGCGAUGCCCCCCUCCCCCCACCCCAGGUCUCUUGGUUUCGUUUUUUUUUUUUUUUAAGUUUUACUUUUUUAAAGAAAAAAAUUAGACAAAAAAAAAUUGACCUAAACAAACAAAAAAAAGGUUUUUACAUUUUCAUUACUGAAAAUUCCACAAUGUAGUAGCUACUCAUGUUGCACUGAGCUUGCCAGUGGUGACUGUCAAGGGGAAACAAACCUAUAAUCCAGUUUGAUGCUUGUCGUCUGUUCCAGAAGACUGAACUGUUUUAGGACUAUUUAAUGAAAACCAAGUCAGGUUUUUUUUUUUUUUCUCAACAGGAAUAAAAAAACAUGGUUGUCGAGUUUUUAUGGCCUUACUAUGUAUUUUAUUCACGUUUUGCUGUUUGUUUGUUUUUUUAUUUUAUUUUUUGUGAAAGGUUGUUUGACAGAUUUGCUCAGCGUCUGGCAAAGUUAAUUUAUUCGCACUGCGUCUCAGCCUUUUACACACACGGGAAGAUUAAAUGUUUGUUAUAUUGCCAUUUUUUAUUUUAUUUUAUUAUUUUUAAAUUUUCAAGUUUGUACUCAAGGUUUAAUAAAAACUUAUGGACAGUU